CUCUUGCUUCUACAAAAACCUAGCUAAACGAAGAAAAUCAUUCCAAUACACAUGGCUUCCGAAAGGCAAGCGUUGAUGCUUAUUCUCUUAACAACAUUCUUCUUCACCAUAAAGCCUUCACAGGCCAGUACUACUGGUGGCAUAACAAUCUACUGGGGCCAAAACAUUGACGACGGCACCUUGACUUCCACAUGCGACACUGGAAACUUCGAGAUUGUCAACCUAGCUUUCCUCAAUGCGUUUGGUUGCGGCAUAACUCCAUCAUGGAACUUCGCUGGCCACUGUGGGGACUGGAACCCUUGUUCCAUACUAGAACCCCAAAUACAAUACUGCCAGCAGAAAGGUGUCAAAGUCUUCCUUUCCCUCGGUGGUGCUAAAGGAACCUACUCCCUCUGCUCACCCGAGGACGCAAAAGAAGUUGCCAAUUACCUUUAUCAAAACUUCCUCAGUGGCAAACCCGGUCCACUUGGAAGUGUAACAUUGGAAGGCAUCGAUUUCGACAUUGAACUUGGUUCCAACCUCUAUUGGGGCGACCUUGCCAAGGAACUAGAUGCUCUCAGGCACCAAAACGACCACUACUUCUACUUGUCCGCAGCCCCACAAUGUUUUAUGCCUGAUUACCACCUCGACAAUGCCAUCAAAACUGGUCUUUUCGAUCAUGUAAACGUUCAGUUCUACAAUAACCCUCCAUGCCAAUACUCACCUGGCAAUACUCAAUUGCUUUUUAAUUCAUGGGAUGAUUGGACUUCAAAUGUUCUUCCCAAUAACUCUGUUUUCUUUGGACUACCAGCAUCUCCCGACGCUGCUCCAAGUGGUGGUUAUAUACCACCACAGGUGCUCAUUUCUGAGGUGCUUCCCUAUGUAAAGCAAGCUUCCAACUAUGGAGGAGUUAUGCUGUGGGACAGGUACCAUGAUGUUUUAAAUUAUCACAGCGAUCAGAUAAAGGAUUAUGUUCCAAAAUAUGCAAUGCGGUUUGUGACCGCAGUUUCCGACGCUAUUUAUGAGAGUGUCUCUGCAGCUACGCACCGCAUCUUACAGAAGAAACCAUAUUAGAAAUAUGGGGAGCCGUACGUGCAAACUAUUUAUCAGCUAUCUAUGCAUGUGUCCGUCUCUGUAACGUUUGUAUGGAAAAUUGGAAAUAAGUAACAACUUGUUAUUAGUUGUUACCUUUGUGGCAUCUACUCCAGCUUUGAUUUCCUAGCUAGUUGUUAUGUAAUGUAACCAAUAUAAUCGAAGCAUGUUGAGAAUAAAAUACUCCCUACUCAUUCCAACUUC